AUAAACAUUGUAUAAUUAUAUAAAGAUAUAAGGAAAUAGUGUUUUGUCUUUAGAAAAUUAAGCCGUCUUAUUGAUGCAAAAAAAUCUCAUUACCAUAAUGAUGAUUACAAAUACUAUCAUUAUGUAAUUAAUUAAUUAAUAAAUGCACAAAAGUACAAUUUAUUUAGUACCAUUAAUAGUACAAUUAUUACUAUAAUUUUUUUAUAAUCAAAUUACUACAGUAAUAAGAACUACAAGAGGACUUUUUUAUUAUAUUUUUAUUGUUAUUUAUGAUUAUUUGAGUUUUUAUACAUGGUAAUAUUAUGCUACUAUUAAUUCAUGCCGAGUUUAAAAAAAUAAAUAAUUGAACAGUGCUUAUUUUUGAAGGUGAUUAAAUAAAAAUAACUGUAAAACAGUAACAAGAAUUACAAAAAAAUAAAAUCUUUAUGCAUUUUACUCCCCUGAUUUUGGGAUGAAAUAUAUAUAUAUUUUUUUUGAGAUUCACUUCUUGGUGCAUGUUUACAGAUUUGUUUUUGUGUAGAACUAGUGUUUAUGUAAUUAAUUUUUCCACUGUUCUAGGUUGGUUUCAGUCUCUUUAUAGGGCAGCUAUAAAGAACCUAGAUUGAAUUUUACCGCUAACUCCUCAGUUGAAUCUCAACGUAGAGACCCUUCAGUUUAGUCUGUCUGUUCUCUCAUUUUACUGUGCUUCUCCAAAAUCUCCUCCAUCACACCAUCAUUCCUGUAUUUCCUGAAAGCGCUGUCUGACGUGAUUCUGCUUUGGUCGGGAAGCUUUAUUCAUUGGCUUCACAUUUACACAGGAAGAGGAAACUCGCAUGAAUUAUCAUCACAUGAUUUACGAGGUUAAUCUCAGUCUGCGCUCUUGUAUUCAGAUAAACCUGUUGUAUAAGAAAUGACACGUUUACCUUAUUGUAAAACUUCCUUAUUGUCAUAAAACAAUUUUUCUAAAGUGUGAAUAAGAUUAUUGGAUUAUGUUUUACGAGGAAAUACUAUUUCUGUCUUUCUACUUCAAAAUUUUAUGUUUAAUUCGAAUGUGUAACGUAAUUUUUGCUAGCAUUUUCUGAGUGAAAAUUGUUUUAAUUUCCAUUUUUUUUGUGUAUUUCUCCUGAAAUAACCUAACAAAUCUUUUCCCAAAAUAGACUUUAUGUUUGCAGUCUGAAGUUCCCAAACUCCAGCUGGAUGGAUUCUUUUAAUUCUAUGUGUUUAAGCAAUGAAACUCAAUAUUUCCCCUCAUGAUAUUUCUCUCCCUUUAUCUCUCGUCUCUUCUUACCCACAAUCCUCCCUGAUGCCGGACCACGGUAAACGUAAAGCCCUGAAGUUAAAUUUUGCCAAUCCUCCAAUCAAACCUACUUCCAGAAUCACUCUGAACACUGCCGGACUUCCUUUCCAGAACCCACACAUAGAGCGGCUGCGGACACACAGUAUCGAGUCGUCUGGGAAGCUGAAGAUCUCUCCGGAGCAGCACUGGGACUUCACAGCUGAAGACCUGAAGGAUCUCGGCGAGAUCGGCAGAGGAGCGUACGGCUCCGUCAACAAGAUGGUGCACAAACCCAGUGGACAAAUCAUGGCCGUCAAAAGGAUCCGGUCGACGGUAGACGAGCGAGAACAGAAGCAGCUGCUGAUGGAUCUGGAUGUGGUCAUGAGGAGCAGCGACUGUCCCUACAUCGUCCAGUUUUACGGGGCUCUUUUCAGAGAGGGGGAUUGCUGGAUAUGCAUGGAGCUCAUGUCUAUCUCCUUCGACAAAUUCUACAAAUACGUUUAUUCCUCUUUAGAUGAUGUGAUUCCAGAGGAGAUUUUAGGGAAAAUAACAUUAGCUACUGUGAAAGCACUUAACCACUUAAAAGAAAACUUGAAAAUUAUUCACAGAGACAUAAAGCCAUCGAAUAUCCUCCUGGACAGGAAAGGCAACAUUAAGCUGUGUGAUUUCGGCAUCAGUGGACAGCUGGUGGACUCCAUCGCCAAAACCAGAGACGCAGGCUGCAGACCGUAUAUGGCACCGGAGAGGAUAGACCCCAGCGCUUCCAGACAGGGUUACGAUGUCCGCUCAGACGUCUGGAGUUUGGGAAUCACACUGUAUGAACUGGCCACAGGACGGUUCCCCUACCCGAAGUGGAACAGUGUGUUUGAUCAGCUGACGCAGGUGGUGAAGGGCGACCCGCCGCAGCUCAGCAGCUCCGAGGAGAGACAGUUCUCCCCCAAAUUCAUCAACUUCGUCAACCUGUGCCUUACAAAGGACGAGUCAAAAAGGCCAAAGUACAAAGAGCUUCUGAAACAUCCCUUCAUUCAGAUGUACGAGGAGCGUACGGUAGACGUGGCCAGCUACGUCUGCAUGAUCCUGGAUCAGAUGCCCGCGUCUCCCAGCUCCCCCAUGUACGUGGACUGACACGAGGUGCAAGCGUUGGUUUAAACAUUUGCUUCAUCACAGAACAGCAGUAUUAAAACAGGAAACCGUACACGAGAGCACCGCGAGCGGCACCGCGGCGUUCAGUUCAAGCUCGACUGUAAAAUACCUCCUACCCACGUCUCUCACUCUCUCUCUUACUGUCUCUCUCUCAUCACACACACACACACACACACACACCUGUAAAGUGCAAACACACACGUGUCUGACAGGACACGUGAUGGACGGAUCUCUCGCGGAUGCGGAAUAGUGAUUUUAAACCUAUAUUAAAUAAUGAAAUAAAAAAAGCCUGGAAUUGUAUUUAUACUUCUGAAAUCACUUGUGGAAUAUUUGAUUCGGAAAGCCCUCGACGUACUGGAAAUCUGCUCGUGUCUCGUCCCUCCUCUUCAUGUAUGUGAUAUUAAACAUGUGUUUUGUAUGUUAAGGUGAAUGAUGAUGCAGAGGUGGCCGGGGUUUCUGUAAUCCUCACUGUAUGUGUUGAUAUUAUAAAUAAAACUGAGGAAUAUGGAAACGA